GCUUCCGGUUUUGGUAACAUAACGUAAAGAGACCAAGAGACGCGGUGCUUUUAUCUGAGUGAGAAUGAGCUUUCUCCUCCCGUCACUCAAUUCUAAAAAGGAUAUCGAUGAUGUCAUCCGAAAUACAGCAGAUAAAAUUGUGGUUCUUCGCUUUGGCCGGCAGUAUGACGUAACUUGCCUUCAGUUAGACCAAAUACUUGAGAAGAGUUCCGCUGAUUUGGGUAACAUGGCGGUGAUAUAUACCGUGGAAGUUGAUGAGGUACCAGUGUACAGACGAUAUUUUGACAUCACCCUCAUCCCAUCCACCAUCUUCUUCUUCAACUCUCAGCACAUCAAAGUCGACUGGGAGACGGCUGAUCACACCAAAUUCAUUGGAAGUUUCAAGACCAAGCAAGAUUUCCUUGAUGUUGUGGAGGUGAUAUAUCGGGGAGUGAUGAAAGGGAAAGUCAUGAUCCGUAGUCCCUUAGACCCUCGCUCAGUUCCCAAGUAUGAACUCAUCUACAAGGACAUAUGAGAGAAUACAUGUUCAUGUAUUUGAGCAAAAGUCUCCAGUAAAAAUCGGACUGGUACAUAUCCGACAUCUGAGCCAGUUCCAAGUACCUCAAGGGACAAUUACACCGACGAAAAUUAAACUCUGGGUGUUGUUGGUGAAGUAUAUUUGACAUUUGAGUCACCUCAAGUGUCUCAUCCAACAUCUGAGCUAGUUCAAUUACCUCAAGGAAAAUUAACGUGACAUUUAAACUGAUGUCAUCGUUUAAUUACAUCUACGACAUUUGAGGUGACAUGGAGUGUAUCUUCCGACAUUUGAGCUAGUUCAAUUACCUCAAGGAAAAUUAACAUGACAUUUAAACUGAUGUCAUCGGUUUAUGACAUCUACAACAUUUCAAGUGUCUCAUCCGAAAUCUGAGCGAGUUCAAAUACCAUAAAGGAAAAUGUCAAUACCUAAAAGAUUUGAACUCUGGUACCGGUGUCUCAAGUAAAUAACAUUAAAGGGUUUAGGACACAUAGGGUAUUUUUCCAUUUUCUGUUAGCCCGACCCCAUAAAUGUUGGCUGACACAGGUUUUACCUCGCCUUACAAUGCUGUUUAUCUAUUUUAGGCCAGUAGGGGGAUAUUGCUGCUGGCUGAAAAAUUUUAAUGAGCUAGGUGGUCACGUGGUCCAACGCGUCAUCUGGUUCACCUCACCAGUAUCACUAGGCUAAAAUCUGCCUUGUUAUAUGCAUUUAUAGAGGGAAACUUCAAAGAGCCCCAUAUUAUUUUGUAAACAUUGAAAGCAAUGACAGUGAAUGUCCUGAUUUUAUCAUCUUACAUGUUUAGAUUUUCUUUCCACACCUCAUGUCUGUAACUGUAUAAUCAAAAUAGUAGACUAGCGGACAAUAUCAUAACCUUGGUAAUUUACUAAUAUCACAUGUCAUCUUUAAAAAAAAAAUAUUUUAAAAACUCAAACAAUGGAAUAUACACUAUAUAGGUCUACUCAGAGAUGUAAAUAUCACAUAUGUGAUAUAUACAUCUCUGGUCUACUAUACAGUGAGGUGACAAAAUGAUCUCACUUGUGCAGUCUUUUUACGGUGAUUAAUUUUCCUAGCCUUGUUAACCAUUUUAUUUUUGGCAUAAAAAUAUCCAUUUCUUAAUUUUGCAAGAUAAAGAUUUGAUAAAAAUGCAGUAGUUUGAAAUACAGUUGUCUCAUCCUGAUACAAUUUAAUUAGAUAGUACGUAAUCACAGAACUGAUUUUUUUUAUCUAAGACGAUACACAGGUUGUUUGUACAGUGAACUUUGAGGAUUUCCUUUGUACAUAUUAAAUCAAGAAUUUUUACAUAUUGGUUGAAAUUAAAGCGUCCAG